CGAGCCCCGUGCGCGCCUGUUGGGACGGUUGCAGACCCUGCGCGCGCGCCUUCCCACGCGGCGUGCGCCAGCGGCAGCGGCUGCCAUGACGACAGGCAGGUGAGCGGCAGCCGAGCGCGUGGUCCCUGCCCCACCCGCGCGGAGGGAAAGAGGAGGCGGUUGCCAAGGCGACGUGGGUUGAAGGAGAAGAGGAAGGAGGGAGGAGGAAGGAUGGGCGGCCUUGGCGUAGCCGCAGGGAGGUGACUGAAGCGAGCCCAGCCCCUUGCAUCCUCCCCCUGUGAACCUCCCUCCCCUUUUUUUCCGCCUUCUGCCAGCAGUAGCUGCAGCCGCAGCACCUGAGCCGCUGCUGCCUCUCGCUCAGAGCAACACUAUGGGUGAGCGUGGGCACAGCCUUCAUCCCUCUGCCAGAGGCAGGGGGAGAACUGAGCGGCGCACACUCCGGCUUCUGCGGCUGCUGCUCUGGAUUGGGACCGUCUUCCAGGUGACUCAAGGAGCGGGACCGGAGCUUCACGCCUGCAAAGAGUCUGAGUACCACUAUGAGUACACCGCAUGUGACAGCAUGGGUUCCAGGUGGAGGGUCGCCGUGCCGCACACCCCGGGCCUGUGCACCAGCCUCCCCGACCCCGUCAAGGGCACCGAGUGCUCCUUCUCUUGCAAAGCCGGGGAGUUUCUGGACAUGAAGGACCAGUCAUGUAAGCCAUGCGCUGAGGGCCGCUACUCCCUUGGCACGGGCAUCCGGUUCGACGAGUGGGACGAGCUGCCCCAUGGCUUUGCCAGCCUCUCAACCAACAUGGAGAUUGAGGACAGCAUCACUGAAUCCAAGGAGAACUGCACUUCGUCCAAGUGGGUUCCUCUGGGCGACUACAUCUCCUCCAACACGGACGAAUGUACAGCCACGCUGAUGUACGCCGUCAACCUGAAGCAGUCUGGCACUGUUAACUUUGAGUACUACUACCCAGACUCCAGCAUCAUCUUCGAGUUUUUUGUUCAAAAUGACCAGUGCCAGCCCAAUGCAGAUGACUCCAGGUGGAUGAAAACCACAGAGAAAGGAUGGGAAUUCCACAGUGUCGAGCUAAAUCGAGGCAAUAAUGUCCUCUAUUGGAGAACCACAGCCUUCUCAGUGUGGUCCAAAGUUUCCAAGCCUGUGCUGGUGAGAAACAUCGCCAUAACAGGAGUGGCCUACACUUCAGAAUGCUUCCCCUGCAAACCCGGCACGUACGCAGACAAGCAGGGCUCCUCUUUCUGCAAACUUUGCCCAGCUAACUCUUAUUCCAGUAAGGGAGAAACUACCUGCCACCAGUGUGACCCUGACAAAUAUUCAGAAAAAGGAUCCUCCACCUGCCAAGUGCGGCCAGCCUGCACAGACAGAGAUUACUUCUUCACCCACACGGCCUGUGAUGCCACAGGAAAGACGCAGCUCAUGUACAAAUGGGCCCAGCCGAAAAUCUGCAGCGAAGAUCUGGAGGGGGCGGUGAAGCUGCCCGCCUCUGGCGUGAAGACCAGCUGCCCGCCCUGCAACCCAGGCUUCUUCAAGACCAACAGCAGCGCCUGCGAGCCCUGCCCUUAUGGCUUUUACUCCAAUGGCUCCGAUUGUAGCCACUGCCCAGCGGGGACUGAACCUGCCGUGGGGUUCGAAUACAAAUGGUGGAACACGCUACCCACAAACAUGGAAACGACCGUCCUCAGCGGGAUCAACUUUGAGUACAAGGGCAUGACAGGCUGGGAGGUGGCUGGUGACCACAUUUAUACAGCUGUUGGAGCCUCAGACAAUGACUUCAUGAUUCUCACCCUGGUUGUGCCGGGAUUUAGACCUCCACAAUCAGUGAUGGCAGACACAGAGAAUAAAGAGAUGGCCAGGAUCACGUUUGUCUUUGAGACCAUCUGUUCUGUGAACUGCGAGCUCUACUUCAUGGUGGGUGUGAAUUCGAGGACCAACACUCCUGUGGAGACAUGGAAAGGUUCUAAAGGCAAACAGUCCUAUACCUACAUCAUCGAGGAGAAUGCUACCAUGAGCUUCACCUGGGCCUUCCAGAGGACCACGUUUCAUGAGACAGGCAGAAAGUACACCAAAGACGUUGCCAAGAUCUACUCCAUCAAUGUCACCAAUGUCAUGCAUGGAGUGGCCUCCUACUGCCGUCCCUGUGCCUUGGAAGCCUCUGACGUGGGCUCUUCCUGCACCUCCUGUCCUGCCGGUUACUAUAUUGAUCGGGAGUCAGGAACCUGCCGCUCCUGCCCCGCUAACACAAUCCUGAAAGCCCACCAGCCUUAUGGCGCCCAGGCCUGCGUGCCCUGCGGUCCAGGCACCAAGAGCAACAAGAUCCACUCUCUGUGCUACAACGACUGUACCUUCUCAGUCAGCACUCCGAGCAGGACUUAUGACUACAACUUCCUGGCUUUGGGAAACACCGUCUCUGUGGCUGGGGGGCCAAGCUUCACUUCCAAAGGGCUGAAAUACUUCCACCACUUUACCCUCAGUCUCUGCGGAAACCAGGGUAAGAAAAUGUCCGUGUGCACCGACAAUGUCACAGACCUCCGGAUUCCUGAGGGUGAGUCAGGUUUCUCCAAAUCCAUCACAGCCUACGUCUGCCAGGCGGUCAUCAUUCCCCCGGAGGUGACAGGCUACAAGGCCGGAGUGUCCUCGCAGCCUGUCAGCCUCGCCGAUCGACUUAUCGGUGUGACAACAAAUAUGACUCUGGAUGGAAUCACCUCCCCAGCUGAACUUUUCCACCCGGAGUCCUUGGGAAUACCGGACGUGAUCUUCUUUUAUAGGUCCAAUGACGUGACCCAGUCCUGCAGUUCUGGGAGGUCGACCACCAUCCGCGUCAGAUGCAGUCCGCUGAAACCUGUGCCUGGGAGUCUGUCGCUGCCAAGAACAUGCUCCGAAGGGACCUGUGAUGGCUGUAACUUCCACUUCCUGUGGGAGAGUGUGGCUGCCUGCCCGCUCUGCUCGGCUUCUGACUACCAUGCUAUCGUCAGUAGCUGCGUGGCUGGGAUCCAGAAAACGACCUACGUGUGGCGAGAACCAAAGCUAUGCUCCGGUGGCAUCUCCCUGCCUGAGCAGAGAGUCACCAUCUGCAAAACGUUAGAUUUCUGGCUGAAAGUGGGCAUCUCUGGAGGCACCUGCACUGCCAUCCUGCUCACCGUCUUGACCUGUUACUUUUGGAAAAAGAAUCAAAAAUUAGAGUACAAGUACUCCAAGCUGGUGAUGAACGCUACCCUCAAGGACUGUGACCUGCCAGCAGCUGACAGUUGUGCCAUCAUGGAGGGCGAAGAUGUGGAGGAUGACCUCAUCUUCACCAGCAAGAAGUCACUCUUUGGGAAGAUCAAAUCAUUUACCUCCAAGAGGACUCCUGAUGGGUUUGACUCGGUACCACUGAAGACAUCCUCAGGAGGCCCAGACAUGGACCUGUGAGGGGCGCUGCCCCGCCUCACCUGCCCCCUCACCUGGGCACAGCACCUUGCAAGCCUGUGGCAGUGUGGGUGCCAGCUUCCUGCAACACCCACUGCCGGAAAUUCUUCAUUGUGGCCUUAUCAGAGGAAGUUUGAAUUUCAGAGCUUUGUUUUUUUAUAGAGUACCCGAACCUUCCUUUCUGCUUGCCUCAAACCUGCCAAAUAUACCCACACUUUGUUUAUAUAU